AUGACUCAGCGUCAGGAGGACGCCACGUGGCACAAUCAGCAUUCAGAUGCCCCGGAAUUCGAGGAGCAGAACGGUGCACUGGGGAAUGGAAGUGGUAGACGAAGGGAACAGGAAGCUUCUGAAACGUCCCACGAACUUUCCUACCACACGGGGGUUGCUGCGGAUAGAGUGGAAAGAGGCGUUGGUCUAAGAAAGGGGCAAGGGUGCGGGGGUGGGAGGGGGGAUGUUGCAAGGGAGGGGCGAGCGAGUGAGUGGGGGAGGGAGAGGGGGGUCAGUGUAGGGGAGGCGCGUGAGAAAGGUGUGAGUGUUAGGGUGGAGAGUGGGAGAGGUGUGAGUGGGAGGAGGGAUGAUGAGGAAGAGGAGGAAAAAGAGCAUGUGGUGGAGGUGGUGGGAGAAGAGAAGGAUGAAGAGGAAGAGGAGGAGGAUGAAGCUGAUGUGAUCGAGGUUUCAGACACAGAUGGUGAGAGUGAGGAGCAGGGGAAAGAAGAAGGCGAGGAGGAAGGUGGGGAGGGAGGUGGAGGGGAAGGUGGGGAGGAAGAAGAGGUGUAUGGGAGCGUGGAAGAGGCUGACGUGGACUGCCCAAUCUGCGGCUGCCACCUGUCCCACCUGGAACCAAUCAGACGCGAGCAGCACUCCAACGCAUGCCUGGAUGCCUGGGGACGGGACAAGGGGGAAGAAGAAGAGACAGAGACUUGCAGAAUGGGAGCUGAUACCGGUGCCUGGGUACGGGACAGGGGGGAAGAGGAAACGGAGAGGGGGAGAAUGGAUGGUGGCGGCAGAGUGAAGGGCACAGCAUACGGGAAACGAGAGGAGAGGGGGGGGAGGGAAGAGGAGGAGGGAGAACACUUCAAUGCAUGCCUGGAUGCCUGGGGACGGGACAGGGGGGAAGAGGAAACGGAAAUCUGCAGAAUGGGAACUGAUGGCAAAGUGAGGGGUUUGUUGCACGUGACAGGAGAUUUGAGGCGCGUGAAAAGGGGCAGGGUGGAAGAGGAGACAGAGAUUUCCGGAGUGCGAGGUGAUGGUGCUGUUGGCGCCCAAAAACGGCUAAUCACCGACUUCUUCGGGGGCGGCAACAGGCACAGGCCACCCCAGCAGCAACAACUGCCCCAGCAACAGCAAGCGCCUGGGGCAACCGCUUCAUUGAAUGAGGUUUCCCGUGGGCACCAGCAGGGAGCAGGAAGAGGCGUGAAGUGGGGAGGAAGGUUCGCAGGGAGGGGCAGGAGUGGGAGCGCGGGAAGAGGAGGAGUAUCAAAUGGAAGAGGUGGGGGCUGGAACGGGGGAAGAGGGAGAGGUGGGGUGUCGUUGGCAGAGGCCUGGGAGAUGAUUCCAGGCACUGACUUCCUGGUGGACGCAUUCAAGCGCAUUUCCCCCUCCUGUCACCACUGGUUCCUCACUCACUUCCACGCUGACCACUACAACGGUCUGACCAAAUCUUUCCGCUUUGGCACCGUCUACUGCUCCGCGGUCACUGCCCGGCUCGUCAAACUCCGACUCGGGCUGCCCGAAGAGAAAAUUUGCGAGCUGCCCGUGGGCGAGCGGGUGGAGAUUGCUGGCGUGGGCGUGACACUAAUGGAUGCCAACCACUGCACGGGGGCAGUCAUGAUUUUGUUUGAGCCUUCCAAUGGACAGGCAGUGCUCCACACGGGCGACUUCAGAUGGCACCCUUCUAUGGCUGCCCUGCCCUGCUGCCUCAACGCAUGCCCCCCUCCCCUCCUCCCUAUCGCGCUCCGUUCCCUCAUCCCAUUCCAGGCAGUGCUGCACACGGGCGACUUCAGAUGGCACCCUUCUAUGGCAGCUCUGCCCUGCCUCACUGCCACACGCAUUCACACGCUCAUUCUCGACACCACCUACUGCCACCCGAAGUACGACUUCCCUCCUCAAGAGGUGGCGCUGCAGUUCGUGGUGGGCGACAUUCAAGCAGACGCCUUCAACUGCUACGAGUUCCCUCCGCAGGAAGUGGCGCUGCAGUUUGUGGUGGAGGCCAUUCAAGCAGAGGCCUUCAACACCAACGCACUCUUCCUCAUCGGCACAUAUACCAUCGGCAAGGAGAAGGUGUUUCUAGAAGCUGCGAAAGCUCUCAAGCGGAAAGUGUACGUGGGGGCAGUGAAGAGACGCCUGCUGGCAUGCCUUGGUUUGUCAAAUGAUGACAUGGCGUGGGUGGCUGGGGAUGGCGAGGAAGCUUCCACGAACCUGCACGCUGUGCCGCUCUGGUCGAUCUCCAGCUUCAAGAGGAUUGAGCACAUUGCCAAGUUCCACAGGGUAAGUUCGGAAUGA